AUGUCAGGUCUACAGCGCUCUUUUGUCAAGAGCAAGCUCUCCAAGCUUCCGCCGAUCCCGCCAUUCUCUGAGGCGGACGAAGAAGGUCAAGAGCAUCAGGAUCCUGAUUCAAAUGCGGCAUCUCGACUUUCCAAGCGCCGACAGCAGACAGAUGCCUUCGCUCCACGCACAGCGGAAGGAUGUUUCGAGGAAGCCCUCGAGGUCAACGUUCCACUCGCUUCUGGCUCUGCCUCCUUCCGCGUCUACUACACUCCUCCGCGUCCAAAGCCACCGACGCUAUCCAGAUCGUCCCAUCAAGCCGCACUUGGACCUCCGCACAAUCUCGGCAUCAAUGUCGAGUCCCCCACCUUACCAACAUUGAAACCUGGCAUCGGGUCUUCCACGGAUGAAUGCGAUGAAGAAGAGCAAGAAAGCUGUCACCUAUCGAAGCAAAGUACCGCGUCAAGCCAAGGAACCCUUUUCGUCCUCCAUCACGGAGCAGGCUUCAGUGCUCUUUCUUACGCCUUAACUGCGGCCGAAAUCACACGGAUCAGCCGAGGUGAAGUUGGCGUGCUCGCAUACGACUGUCGUGGUCAUGGACGAACACGCAUGUUCGGUGUGAGGUCAAACCCUCUGGACAUGUCAAUUGAUGUCCUUUGCUCGGAUUUGACCUCGCUCUUAUUGACCAUGUUUCCCGAGAUGGAUCAGAUGCCGUCGCUUGUUCUCGUCGGUCAUUCGAUGGGCGGAUCCGUGGUCGUAUCAGCUGCACACGCACUUUCAGCGAAAGGGUUCAGUCGCUUGUCGGGGGUUGCAGUACUGGAUGUUGUGGAGGGCACUGCAAUGGACGCGCUCAGUGUGAUGCGAAGCGUGGUGCUUGGCCACCCUUCAGGAUUCGACUCGGUCGAAGCAGCGAUUCGAUGGCAUGUGGAUAGCAAGACUAUCGCAAAUCUCGACAGCGCGCGUAUCAGCGUUCCGCCCUUGAUUGAGCCCGAUCCUGCCUUUUCUUGCGCCAACACAUCGGCAAAUGAAGAGAAGGACGAGCAGCAAGAAGUUCUAGAUGACGACGCCUCGUCGGAAACCGCGCAGCCUAGUAACCACCAGUACGCCUACCGAUGGCGAGCUGAUCUGUUGGCCACCGAGCCAUACUGGUCGAGCUGGUUCCGGGGUCUCUCCUCGCGCUUCUUAACGGUGAGAACGGCGCGUCUGCUGCUGCUGGCUGGCACAGAUCGCCUUGACCGAGAGCUCAUGAUUGGCCAGAUGCAGGGCAAGUAUCAGCUCGAAGUGAUUGCCGACGUGGGACAUUCGUUGCAUGAAGACGCACCCGACCGCACAGCGCGUAUCCUGGUCGAUUUUUGGCGCCGAAACGAGCGUAUACACCUUCCACUCAAGCAUAUUAAGAAAGUGGGCGAGGCGUAG